UCUAAGCUAUUGAAUAAAAGUCGGCCGGGCUCGGCUUGACUUGUUCUGACUUGUUUGCGCCAUAGGAUCCAAUAUAUUGUUGUUGAUCCAUGUAUCACGUGUGCGCAGCAGGAGCACGCUCGCGUAUCCAAUCGGACCAAUCCCCCCUCCUUCUCCGACCCAUAUCCUCAGCCACCGCCCAAGCGAACAACAGUAAAAUGGCGAGCUCAUCUACGCCGACGGAUGAUUUCUCAGUUCUGGUGCUGGCGUCGGAUUUAGGGAUAGAUGCCACGCCCUUUCUGACGAAUCGAGAAAGAGAUAUCAAAGAAGAAGAAGAUCAAGAACCUGAAAGCUGGCACGAUUGCUCUCAGUAUCUCUUGUCCGAUGAAGAUUUCUCCGAUCUAGAUCUCUUGCAAUUCUUUCGCCUCGAGGGCUCUGAUAAAUCUGGAAACCGCAUAGUGCGCAUCGUUGGAAAGUACUUUCCCGCUCAAGUUGUUAGUGGGGAGAGACUGAAGAAGUACAUUUUCCACAAAAUAUGCAGUGAGUUGCCUGAAGGACCAUUCUGCAUUGUAUACAUGCAUACUACUGUGCAAAAGGAGGACAACUCCCCUGGUGCAACUAUCUUGAGGUGGAUCUAUGAAGAACUUCCUUCUGGUUACAAGGACAGGCUUCAAGUUGUAUACUUCAUACACCCUGGGCUCCGUGCAUGGCUUCUCAUUGCCACCAUUGGUCGAUUAUUCUUAAGUGGAGGCUUAUAUUGGAAGAUCAAGUAUGUGAGCCGCCUUCAGUACUUAUGGGAAGACAUUAAAAAGGGGGAGAUUGAGAUUCCUGAAUUUGUUCAGAAUCAUGAUGAUAUCCUUGAGCAUAGACCAUUAACAGAUUAUGGCAUUGAACCUGACCCUUUUCACUUAAAUGAGGUGCCUAACACAGCCUACUCAUUUGGGAGGUAUGAACAGAGAUGGGCAUCAAGGGAAUAUGCAACUUAGUUUUCCUGUCACAUAGGCUGGCUGGUGCCUGCUAUUCGUGUUGGGGAAUAUACCAAAUCGUGAUGUCAGGUUAAGCUAUUAUAUAUGCAACGACAUUGUACAUAAUUAGCUUAAUGGUGGGUCUAGCUUUCCUUGUGUCAUCUGAACUUAAUGUGCUGAUAAACUUUCAUAUCCUUGAAAACAGUAAUGUUGUAGUAUAUGCCAUCUUUGAACUUCUUUUUUAGGUAUGCACAUCAUUAUUUUGUCC